CCGAACCCGGAGCCAAGUCCGAAAAACAACGGAAGCUUUUAAAAGAGGCCGAAGUCGCUUGCCGCAGCGUCUUCUCAAUUUAACAACAACCACACCAUGUCGAGUGCAAGGAACUUCGCAGUCGCCCUCCGAAGGGCUCGCGUACCCAAGCCCCGUUUCAUCGGGCGGCCCAUCGUCUCCCAAAUUCCCGCCGUUGCAGCCACUCGUGCCUUCACCAACACAUCUACAUUGCGAGCGACAAAAGAGGUCAAGUACACGAGCGAUGCCUAUCCCAACCUCAAGCGCAACCCCGGUUUCGCGGGUAUUACUGCGGAGGAUGUGAAAUUUUUCAAGGAGCUUCUGGGCUCCCCCUCCGCGGUGAUUGACGGCGUGACGGCGGACGCCGCGGAUGAUAUCGAACCUUUCAAUGGUGACUGGAUGCGCAAGUACCGCGGUCACACAAAGCUGGUCCUGAAGCCCCAAUCCAAGGAGGAGGUCAGCGAGAUCUUGAAAUACUGCAAUGGGAGGAAGCUGGCUGUUGUUCCUCAGGGAGGUAACACGGGCCUAGUCGGUGGGUCUGUACCGGUGUUCGACGAGAUCGUGAUCAACAUGUCGCGGAUGAACAAGAUUCGCUCCUUUGACGAUGCUUCUGGAGUCCUAGUUGUCGAUGCUGGUGUCAUUCUCGAGGUGGCUGAUCAGUAUCUGGCGGAGCGGAAUCAUCUGUUCCCGCUAGAUCUCGGUGCCAAGGGCUCAUGCCAUGUUGGGGGAAAUGUCGCGACCAACGCUGGUGGCCUCCGUCUCCUCCGCUACGGCAGUCUUCACGGCACUGUCCUGGGUGUUGAGGCUGUGUUGCCCGAUGGCACUAUUAUGGAUGGCCUCUCGACUCUACGGAAGAACAACACCGGGUACGAUCUGAAGCAGCUUUUCAUUGGGUCUGAAGGUACCCUCGGCAUUAUUACCGGUAUUUCGAUUAUCUGUCCUCCCCGGCCGAAGGCCGUCAAUGUUGCCUAUUUUGGGUUGGAGAGCUACGACCAGGUUCGCCAGGCGUUCAAGGAGGCCAAGGGGCAUCUUUCUGAAAUCCUGUCUGCGUUUGAGCUGAUGGACGGCCGCAGUCAGAAGCUGGUUCGUCAGAGUACAGGGAACAAGUAUCCCCUUGAAGGCGAACAUCCCUUCUACUGUCUGGUUGAAACCAGCGGAUCGAAUGCCGAACAUGACAUGGAGAAGCUGGAGGGCUUUUUGGAGCACAUUAUGAGCGAGGGCAUCGUCGCUGAUGGUGUCCUAGCCCAGGACGAGACUCAGUUCCAGGGCAUCUGGGGCUGGCGUGAAGGUAUCACCGAGGCCCUGAGCCACCUGGGUGGUACUUACAAGUACGAUGUCUCGAUUCCUCUCCCCGAGCUGUACCAACUGGUGGAUGACUGCCGGGAGCGCCUAACAAAGCUUGGAUUCGUCGGUGAUGACGACUCCUUCCCUGUCCGGGCUGUUGUUGGAUAUGGUCACAUGGGUGAUUCGAAUUUGCACCUUAAUAUUGCUGUUCGGCAAUACAACAAGGAUGUCGAGAAGGCCAUUGAACCCUGGGUGUACGAGUGGAUUCAGAAGCGGAACGGCAGUAUCAGCGCUGAGCACGGCCUGGGCGUUGCGAAGAAAGAGUUUAUCGGCUACAGCCAAAAUGACACCAACCUCACGUUGAUGAAGCAGCUGAAAGCUUUGUACGAUCCGAACGGAAUCAUGAACCCCUACAAGUAUAUUUAAAUGUGCAUACUAAAAAAGAGGAUGUAUCAAGAUUUUGGACGCGGUAAUUUCUAAUGCCUAAUAAAAGUAGCCUGGAGAGAUUGCCAUAGAUACUACCCUGCUGUCAACGAGCCGGUGCUAUGAGCCCAGUAAAGCAAGCAUAGUAGAGCCUUGAACCUCAUGGAUGGCCAGGGGAAGUAACCCAACUCCUAUCAGCUUGAUAUAAACUAGCAUUAUAUUUUUAGAAGCCUAAGAAAUGUCAUGUACGCACUAGUAUAGGACCAGUAGAAAAAAAAAUGAACUAUAUUAG